AUGUCCGGAAGUUUUGAUUUCGGCAGGACUGGCAAAGGAAAAGCCAGUUCAUCAGAAAGCUUGGGGAUGCCAGUGAAAACACCUUUGAAGAGGGAACGUAGUCAACCAUGCCCCUUCUGCAAGCAAUUCAUGGAUUACAAAGUUUUAAUCGACCACAUGCACAAGUGCUGCCUUACAGAGGUUGGUCAGGAGAGUACAAGUUCAGUGAUUAGCUUAGAUAUGCCAGUGAGAAAUUAUCUGAAAAGGGAGCGCAAUCAAACAUGUCCCUUUUGCAAACGUUUCAUGGAUGAAAAAGUUCUAAUCGACCACAUGCAUUAUUGCUGUCUCAGAGAGGUUGGUGAGGAAAGUAGCAAUUCGUCGAACAAGGAUCUUCAAAGUUUGGAGGGUCGGCCGAAAUAUUCCCCGCAAAGGGAACGCAUUCGAAAAUGUAUCCUCUGCAAUCGUUGGAUGGAUUACAAGCAUUUGGUCGAUCAUAUGCGGAACUUUCACCCUGCGGAAGUCAAAGAGGCUCUUGGAAAGGCAAACCUCGUCAACGAUACGACAAGUGCAUCAGAAAAGAAGCCCGAUCACACCUCCGAGCCCAACUUUGGCGAUUCACCAAUUUCUGCCGCAUCUUUGCUAGGAGAGUCAUCAAUGUCUGUUGACUGUGAUGAUGAAGAUGAUGAUGGGGGUGCUACUGUUAGUGAAGACCAGUCCAAAAUCUCAUCAGUGGAAACUCCGAACCACGCCAAUACAGAGCUAGGCUGUUCAUCUUGUGCGAAAGUGAAUGAGAGAAUGACUCAACUCGAAUCUACUGUGGAAAGGUUGACCGAAAGGUUGAUAGAAUUGGAAGAAUUGUUGCUGUUCAAGAAAUCCAUCAAGGAAGAAAGAGAAUAG